CAGUACCAGCCCUCGUCGACCACUCCCGUCUCCGAUCCGCCGCCGCCGCGCCGACGACGACACCGGCAGCCAUGUCCAACCCCGAAUCGAACCCACAGCCCACCACCUCCUGUCCGCCGCCCGGUUCUGCCGCCCACGCGGGCCACGCCCCGCUCUGUCGCUCCUGCGGUGCGCCCACGACGGCGCCCGCGCCGCCCCCCUGGUCGUCGUCCUCCGACUCCCCACCGCCGGCGUACCGCCCCAUCCGCAUGCCGGCCAUCAACGCGCCCACCAACACCGCCGCCAUAGUCCUCUCCCCGGUGCCGCAGCCGCUCCCGGUGCCACCCGCGUCCCCGCCGUUCGCCUUCCAGGUCCCUGCCAAGCGCAUCACCUCCCCCGAAGACAUCGCCCGCUUCCACGCCUCCGUCCACGGCCGCCACUUCCUCGGCUUCGUCGCCGCGCUGUCCGCCUCCGUCCAUGGCCGGAAGCUCUCCGAACCGCUCCCGUCCCCGCCCUCCCCAGCCGUCUUCGCGCUCCUCGACCUCAUCUCCGCGCUCUGCGCCAUCGUCGAGUCCACCCCACCGCUCCCACACAACUCCCGCUACGGAAACCCCGCCUUCCGCUUGUGGCACGAGAAGCUCUCCGACUCGGCCAACCAGCUGAUCGCUCCGAUCACAGCCACUGCCGGGUCCCCGGACCUCGCCGGCGCCGAGGUCGAGCUCGCGCCAUACCUUCUCGAUUCAUUCGGCAACGCCACCCGCAUCGACUACGGCACGGGGCAUGAGACUAACUUCGCCGCCUUCCUCUACUGCCUGGCGCGACUUGGGCUCAUCAGCGAGGCCGAUUACCCUGCGGUUGUGCUGCGUGUCUUCGCUGCUUACCUCGACCUAAUGCGCACGCUUCAGGAUACCUACUUGCUGGAGCCUGCUGGUUCACAUGGCGUGUGGGGGCUCGAUGAUUACCACUUCCUCCCAUUCAUAUUUGGGGCGGCUCAGUUGAUUGAUCACAAGUACAUGAAGCCCAAGUCGAUUCACAACCCAGACAUCUUGGAGAAUUUCUCAAAGGAGUAUAUGUACCUGGCAUGUGUCGCCUAUGUUAAGAAGGUGAAGAAGGGGCCCUUCGCAGAGCACUCGCCAAUGUUGGAUGAUAUCAGUGGUGUGCCACAUUGGAAGAAGGUGAACAGCGGGCUGCUUAAGAUGUACAAGGCUGAGGUGCUUGAGAAGGUGCCGAUAAUGCAGCAUUUCCUCUUUGGUUCACUAAUCAAAUGGGAGGACUGAAGCAAUCUCCAAAACCCCUCUGCUUCGAGGCAAAUGUCCAGAACACAGCUUCGAGGCAAACGUGAGGCAAACGGGCAAAUGUCCAGAACACAUACCAUGUUCUGCAAGUACUCCGCCUUGAUGCAAAAGACUGCUGUACAGCGAUGCUGUUCAAUGUCUGUACCUAUAGAAGCUCACUUUACCCUCUAGCGUUAUGGGCUCCGGCUUAGGGAUUGUGCUCGGUUUCUGCACGAUGGAUAGCAUAUCCUUUCAUCAUUCGUUCUGCUGUAGCGUAGUUCUGCAUCACACCGUUGUGGAGCAUAAAUUCUGGACCCUUGUCUGUUCUUGCUCAGCUCACAUUGCUUUGGGGAUUCCCCUGAGGACAGCUUGGUAGUAUUAAUAACACCAUGUAUUGAGGCUUUUGAUGCAGAUGAUUGGGGUGAAACAGUUUCUGUUUGGUGCCGUUUGAUCAAUAAAUUCCCUCCUGCCAAGGUAA